CCAGAGAGAGCAGACUAAUGGCUACCGUCGUCCAUCGUCAACUACAUUAUAAACUGUUUUAAUUUUACCGCAGAUUUAGUGGAGUGGUGCUAUGUCUUCGGGAAUGACUGGACAAACACCGUGCCUAACCAGCCGAUGGGAUCAGCCAGCCCAGUCUAAACAGAGUAUAGAUGUGAGGCAGCAGAGGAGCAAUGAAAGUGCAGCCCACCCUGUCUCUUUAUCAGGAGUGGUGAGCACUGCUGGUUCAGACAGCACAGUUUCCCAACCACCACAAACAGGAGAGAAACCAGCACCUCAGGGAGGAGUUGAAAUGGCCGCAGCCAUGGCUGCUAAAAUAAAUGCCAUGUUAAUGGCAAAAGGAAAGCUGUUGACUCCUCCUCCAUUACUUGCAAAGACCCCUCCAAGUGUGCCUGUACCAACCACUACAGAAGAAAUGGUUGUCACAGAGGUUGACAUAAAUGAUGUACCACUGAAUUGUAGGGACCUCCUUACUAAAGGCAAAACACAGGAGGAGAUACGACAGAUUAGUGGAGCAGUUGUCUCAACAAAAGGUCACUACAUGACUGAAGCUGAAAAGGGAAAAGGAGGAGGACAAAGACCUUUGUAUUUGCAUGUCCAGGGAAAGACUCAAGAGCAUGUCAAUAAGGCUGUUAUGAGGAUAAAGGAGAUCAUCUCUGAGGGCGUGUUGAGGGCCUCAGCAGCAUCAGGAGGACAACAGGUGCCUGUAAUACCUCCACUCACACUCUACCCUCAGCCUCCUCGGCCUGUUGUUCCCCCUCCUGUGCCACGGACUCCCAACACCAACUCAGUGCCAGGCCAGGGACAUCGGCCUGCAGCUCCUCAUUCAGGGAGCUUUGUGCACACAAAGAUUUUUGUGGGUCUGGACCAGGCGUUGCCUUCAUUUAAUGUGAAUGAAAAGGUCGAGGGUCCAGGAGGCUCGUACCUGAGUCACAUCCAGACAGAGACAGGGGCUCGAGUCUUCCUCAGAGGAAAAGGUUCUGGCUACAUUGAACAAGCAUCAAAACGAGAGUCUUUUGAGCCUCUUUAUGUUUACAUCAGCCAUCCAAACGCAGCUGGAUUGGAGGCAGCGAAGAAACUCACUGAGAGUCUGCUGGAAACUGUGAGAGCUGAACAUGCCCGAAUGGUGUCGAUGUACACGGCCACAGGCUCAACACAACCAUACGCAGCACAUGGAUUUCCACCUAAUAGCAAUUACUCUAGCCAGGGGUCCUGGUAUAACUACCCAGCAAAUGGGUAUGCUGGCGGCUAUUCAGCGUAUCCAGGAGACCGUGGUUAUUGGAGUAAUGCAAAUGGUCCCCCAAGUCAUUCUAACAUGUCGACAAACCCUCCAUCUUCUCAGGCAAUGGUUCAGUAUCCGGUGUGUCCUAGGAAACCACAUCCCUAUCUCGUCCAGGACCCUGGCAGCAGUGAGACAGUGGAACCUGAAGCAUCUUUGAGCAGCCCCCCUGACUCAGGAAGUCCCAAGCGUCAUUUCCACGAGGCAGCCAAGGAAGAGCAGCCAACCAGCCGCUCUCCAGAGGGUCCUCCUCAUCAGGAGUCUGCACUUCCUGCCUCCAAUGUUGGAGAGGAAAAAGCAGUAGAAAGGAUUCUGAUGCCUCCACCACCACCUCCCUUUGUGACUCCUUCCCCUGUUAUGCGCAAAAGGCCGAGAGACGCAGUGACAGAUGAUCUGACCAGUCAGCCCAGCAGCACCGCGUCAAUGGGUGCUCAAGAGGAUGUGUGUGAGAAGAAGUCUAAAGUGGACGAAGAUGCAUCAGGGCUUGUGCCCUACGGAGGAGAUUCCUCUGACGAAGAGGAGGAGAGGACACGCAGCAGUAAGACAGCUAACUCAUAACCCCUUCCCUGCCCUGCCCCGCCCUGCCCCGCCCCACCCCCACUGUCCAGGAUACUCGCAGACCCAAAGUCUACAUUCAGUUUAUCAGCGCAGUUCUUAAACUCAAACCCCAUAAAAGGAAAAAUCCACCCUUGUGUUGAGGACUAUACCAGUGUUUUGCCAUAUUUUCCCCAUUUACUGCAAACAACUUCUUUAUUGCUGACCAUUCUCCAAGCUAAAUGUUUUUGUUUGACUUUUUGCUUCAAUCCAAGCAGACAUGGUUUUGCAUUCUUCUCCUUAUGGCAUUUAAAGACACCUUCAUAUUUCUGGUGCCACUUUAUGUACUGACCUCAAUUUUGGGACUUAAAGGGCAGCUGACUAAGCUUUGUCAGGUUGACAGUAUUUAUAUAGAAGUAAUUAGGGUUGGGCAAUCAUCUUUGUUUUCAUAUUGUUUUAGGGCUUUCACUCUCACUUUACACAUCAGUGCAGCCUCUGUCAUUUACCUCUAUUUUGGUUCAUUUUACAUAGUGAUCACAAAAUAAGUUGAUCUGCAGCUACAGCUUGGUUCUCCUGAAUGGAGAUUUCUCCCUCUCUUGGUCUAGUUCUACUGUGGGCCUGUGUUUGUUAAGACAAAGUCAGUUGCAAAUCAAAUGCACUACAAACAUUCACAAAUGUCAAAGGCUUCAGCUAGAUAUGUGAGCCCGGCAGAAGGUAGCAGAGUGGAUAAAAGAGCCAUAGUCACGUGUGCCUCACACACCUAGAAUCAAGCAGCAGGCCUACGGAGAAUGGAGAUACAAGGUUUUGUCAGAAUGCACCGCUCACUCGUCAGGAUUGGCAGAUGGGAAAGGGUGCACAAAGGGGUUGCUUUAAAUUAAGCAGCAGUCAUCUGUGCUGAUUAAUGAUGAUUGCCAAAAGGGGAAAAAAAUCUUUGAUCAUUGAUAGACAAUCUGUUUACGGUUCUUAUCAGUAAUGAAGCACAGAUGAUAACAAGCCGGCUGAAGAUGCUAAAAAGCUACGGUAUGCAUGUUUUUUGAAUUAUCACCAGUCUCUGAUGUUUGGUGCUUUCCUGGACUCUCAAGGAAGAAUGGUUUUCAUUUUCUUGUCCUGGUGUUGGUUUUGCUUUGUGUACAUCUGUUUCAGUUAGUUAUUUUUCAUGCAUCUCCCAGAAUGCCUUUCUACAAUCCCUCUAACAGUGGGUUGGUUUUAGUCAAAGGUGGGCAUGGGUAAAUGUAUGCCCACCUACAUAGCAAAUGUAAAUAUAGAUAGCCUGCCGAGUAGUGCAUUGGCACUGUACAUACGUUUGUAGCCACAUGACUUAAAAUGCAAUACAUCAUGUGGCUCAAUGUUAUUAGCAAAUUUUGAGGAUAUGGUUUUAGAGAAUAUAAAUCUUUUUCUCCCUUGUUAUUGCUCUCAUGAUAGAAGCUUUUCUUUUUUACUCCAAGGGUCAGACUCUAAAAUGUGCACUUGCCAAAAAAAAAUUUGGUCCAGAAAAGCAAAGCACAUCAUCAGCAGCCACUUUUAACAGUGUGGAAGUAUUCAGGGUGGAUUUUUCCUUUUCAGAUGUGAAUACAAUUGUAUAAUAACAAAUUGAUUUUUUUUUCCUUCUUAAAACCAUUUAUUUCAUUUU